AUGUCCUUCUCAGACGACGGCCUCGACCCACUUCCCACAGAAUUCGAUCCCGACCGCGUACCGUCCCCCCCCGUUUCGCCUCCGCGUCCACCAGCACCCCAGCCACAGGAGGAUGCGCCGGUGAUUCCUAGUGAUGAAGAGAUGGAAGUGCCCGAGGAAGAGGAGGAGGGGAGAUAUGCUGCCGAGGAGGACGAGGGAGAGGGAGGAAUGGAGUUGAUGGGGUAUCUGCAGGAUUUGAUUGAUGAUGGUGAAGAAGAGCAGCCGGAACAAGCGGGGCCCCCUGCAGAGCGUGAGGCGGCCCCCUCUUCAUCACCCCUCUCCGACUUGCCAGAUCUUCCAGAUGAGAUCGACUUUCCCUUCACUCGCCGGUCCCCUACUCCUCCAGCGUCGGUCUCCUCUGCAGCCCCCAGCGAGGUCAUCCCUCAUGCAGAGUCAUCUGCCAGUGCCGCCCAACGCGCUGCUACCCCUUCCCAGUAUGAAACUGCGCCUGCCGCUUCAAAGUCAAAUGACACGACCCAGAGUGUAAACCCGAGUGCUGGCAUCAAACGGGCAAGAGCGCAGCUUGAUAUCAUAGCCACCUCUGAGAGCGUGCGCGGUAUCAACAGACCAAAGUCGAAUGGCUCGCAAAGCGCGACCGACACCGGAGACGAGGACCGUCAUAGCAAAAAGGCGAAAUCCGACAAGAAACCUCGGCACACCAAGAAAGCCUUGGACCCCACUGGUACCGGCCUCAAGGUCAAGGGUCCAGAAAAGGUGCCCACCAGAGCCAAGGUCAUCACCGAAGCGCAGAGGAAGAAGAUCCUCAAGGGACAGACAAUAGAGGUGCAAAUGUCGCCCUGUCAGAGACCGAUAUAUGCGGCUUGGGGCAAGUGUACGCAGUGUAUCUCGAAAGUGAGUGGGGAUAUGUGUCGAUUCAGGGAUUUCCGUGUCUUUCCUAUCGAUCCAGUAACCACCGCUAUCACGGGCCCAGGCUACUUUACCGACAACCCAUGGCCUCAACCCUUGACCCCUCUCCCAACCAGAUUUUCCUCUGAAUUCUCCCCAGCCAUUAUCAGCGCUACAGAACACACAGUCGCACCCAUUCUUCUCCCCCUCAUCACCUCCGAAUCCCGGCACAUUCACACCCACCCAGGCACUCUACACCGCGGUAUUGACACGGCCAAACACCGAUCAGUCUGUGACUUUUGCUCGUCUACCAUCUUUGGUGGCUGGUGGUUCUGCAAGAGCUGUGGAAGGGAUUACUGUCUGGAGUGCGAGAGAUAUUUCCCGGAUAGUGUGGAGGGGAUGAAGGAGAGUCCUUGGCCGCUUGCGGAUGCCGCGAGGCCGAGGUUGUUGAAGUGCAUCGCUCAGCCUCCAAGAGCUACGCAAAAUGGGAAGGAUGCCGGGAAGGACGGAGGAAAGCCAGAAAAGAAGGGCAAGGAAUUGGCGUGGCAUGUGCGAGGUGAUCUGCAGGCGGUAUCGAGGUUUGAAAAAGAUGAGAUCAAGGAGCAUUGGUUGAGUCUGAGUGAAUAUGUGCUCGCUGGCAAAGAUUCCGACAAGCUGGACUUGGCGGGAAAGCUAAGGGUGAUGGGGCUGAGAGGGGAUGGAGAGGCAACGGGGCUUGUCAAAGAGUGGAUAGAGAAGGCGGAAAAGGCCCCAGAACCUGAAAAGGAAAAGGGGUCAGAAGAAGAUGAAGAGGUCAGGGAUCUCGAUGAUAUCUUCAAAGAGAUGAACGAUGACCCUCCUCGCCAACCGACACCCCCUCCAAAAUCACCUUCUGCUGCCAAACCUCCGAAAUAUGUCUACACCGAGACAUGCCACCCCGCUUCCCACGUCCUCGACCCCCUCACAUCCUCCGACCCCACCCCCGUCGCCCAUCUAGACCCUCCAGACCCCGCAGGCAUACCGAACCUUCCCUACAUGUACCUCCCCGCCCCCAACCUUACCGACCCGCUAUUCGAUGAGCUCUGGGCAAAGGGCGAGCCGAUCAUCGUCGACGGCAUCGGCAGCCGGAUGGGCGAGUGGGGUCCCGACCGAUUCCGGGAAAUGUUUGGUUCCGAAAAGUGUUCAGUCGUCGACUGUCAAUCAAAUGAUCCGCAAGAUUCCACUAUCGACCAGUUCUUUGCCAAAUUCGGGGAGGAAGGCGAGAAGAGGGGAAACAAGAUAUUGAAGUUGAAAGACUGGCCGCCCGGAGAUGAGUUUGCGAAUACGCAUCCGACGCUCUAUCACGAUUUUUCACGGGCUUUGCCAGCGCCGGAUUGGACAAGACGCGAUGGCGUUUCCAAUCUUUACUCUCAUUUCCCACCUGGACCGACUCGACCUGAUAUAGGACCCAAGAUGUAUGCUGCGUUUGCGGCAGACGAAGGGCCUGGCGGGUUUGGAUCGACGAGGCUGCAUAUGGAUGUGGCAGAUGCCAUCAACAUCAUGUUGUAUGCGGCACCUUCCAAGGAAAUCAAGCCAGGCUGUGCCGUUUGGGACCUCUACCCCGCCUCGGCAGCCGACAAGAUCCGCGAUUUCCUCAAGUCCAAGUUUGACAAGACGCAUAGCUUUAUCGACCCCAUACAUUCGCAAAGGUUCUAUCUGGAUUCAGAUUUGAGGAAAGAGUUGUUUGAGAAGAAGGGAAUUUCAGGAUGGAGAGUAUGGCAGUAUCCUGGUCAAGCGGUGUUUAUACCAGCUGGAUGUGCGCACCAAGUCUGCAACCUCUCUGAUUCCAUCAAAAUAGCUAUCGAUUUUGUCUCUCCUCACAACGUCCCUCGCUGCCAACGACUCACCCGUGACUUCCGCCGAGAGAAUUACAUGAAAGCUUGGAAAGAGGACGUCCUCCAGCUAUACAACGUUCUCUGGUUCGCUUGGAUGUCUUGUCGUGAAGCCCGUGUCCGUCGAGUCCAGGAAGAAAAGGAUCGCGAGGUGCGGGAAAAGGAGAGGGAGGAACGUUCACGGGGCUUGCGAGAUGGACUUUCUUCACAGAACUCUCGUUCCAGAGAGAGACCUGCGCCCUUUUCCGCAUGUCCCAGCUCCGGUCCUCUCAGUCCUGGCUUCGCAAUGGGUGGUAUGGGCAUGGGUAUAGGCUUGCGUGGAUGGGGUGAAGAUACCACCACCGCCUUCCGCCCCAACUUUAGCUCAGUACGCGACGAGCCUGUGCGGAGCGUAAACAUCAGCUCUUUGAGGGACGAACCGAUCUGGAACGGCAACACGAGCUCGGCGAGGGAUGAGCCUGUGAGAGGUGCGCCAGGGUUGGCUUUUGCGGGAGAGUCCAGUUUGAGGGGUGCUGCGCCGGUGACUACGAGCGGGGUCAAUGGAAAGGAAGUGGAAGUUACUGCCACCCUCGCUUCUGCCCUGGGAGACAAAGCCAAUCCUCCAGCCUCUGCUUCAACGCCCAACGCUUCAAAGAAAACUACCCCCGGGGACGUCGUCUCGCAUGACGCCCCAGGGAAAGCAGCAAAACGCCAACUCGCCGAGAAUCUGUUCAACCUGACUCUCAAUCACCACGACCCGAACCCUGCCGAAGUCUUCCUCGCCUCGUCAGCAUACAUCAAGUCGCGAAAGGCUUUCGGGCUGGACCAGAUGGGCCAAGCCAAUGCUGGUCUCGGGAAGGGUACCCCUGUUGGUGGUCCGGCGGCGGCGAGAGCUACAAGGUCGCAACCGAACCAGCCACUCACUGCCCCUCUCAACGACUUGACUAGGGUUUCCUCCAUUCCAUCGUCCUCCACCCGUCCCCCCUCCCGGUCCAAGAACAAGACGCCCAAAGCCAUACGUUCGGCUUAUGACGAUUUCCUCGCGCAGUCCAAGAAUGAAGGUCUCGGAGCAGACGAGGAGAAUCUGGCAGAGCUCGCAGGGCUUGGUGUAUGGGACAGGCUGAGAGACACUGGGGACAGGGGCAGCACGCCAAUUCUUACUGUUAACGGGAACAGCGAGUCAAUCCCUCAAACGAUCCCUCUCGAUGCCCUCCUUCAAAACCAAGCUCCCUCUGGCACUGCCGAGACGGCAAUGUCUGGCGAGGCGGCGGAGGCGGAGACGGAAUUAGGGCUGAUCGCCGAGCAUGAUGGAUAUGGAGAUGCGCCGGAUCUGGAUCUAGGGGAGCAAGAGAGGAUUGAUUUGAUGGCGCAGAUUCAGAGUCUCAAUGAGAAUGGCGAUGACGAUGACGAUAUAGAGAUGGAUGGGGAUGGGCCGUACUGA